GUGUUUACAUCUUACUCUUGUAGUCCCAUGAUGUUUCAGAAUAUCCGAUUGCAUUUUUAUUAUGCGUUAUGUGAAUGUCAAAUAUGAAAUAUUGUUUGUUAACUUAAUAAUUACAACUCAUAUUAUUUUGAAUAUUAAGAAAUUAAAAACAAAAUGAUAAUAUAGAUUUCUUAAAUGUUGUGUUUUUAUAAAGUCGUAUAUUAACUUCAUAAGAAUGAAAACUAAUAAUCAAGAUACAUUUUGUAAAAAAAUGCGAAAAGCUACAAAAGAAAUUCAUUCAAUUAGUGAUUCAUUAGUGAAUGCAAAAUUAGCAUUUGGAUUUCUUGAUAAUUCUGUAUGGGCAGAUGGUCUUUUGGUUUUUUAUGAAGUUUUUCGAUAUUUGGAACUUGCUAUGAUAAGAUGGAAAGAUACAGAAAUAGGUUUAUUUUUGCAUGAAGAACUUCGUCGAACUGAAGCAUUUGAAGUUGAUCUCGAAUUUUAUUUAGGAAAAGAAUGGAAAAAAAAUCUUAAUCUUCGAGAUAGUGUUACUAAAUAUUUGAUUCAUUUAAAAGAAAUUGAAGAUACAGAACCUAUUUUACUAAUAGCAUAUAUUUAUCAUUUGUACAUGGGCCUUUUAAGUGGUGGAAUUAUUUUACGUAAAAAAAGGGAAUUUAUGCAAAAAAUUUGGCCAUUUAAAGAAUAUCAAAUGAAUGGUAAUAAUAUUACAAAUUUUAAAAACAGUAAUAUUUUUCAACUUAAACAACAUAUGCGUGAUACUAUGAAUAAAAUCGCGGAAACAUUAGACGAAGAUACAAAAAAUAAACUUAUUGAAGAAAGUAAAACAGUAUUUAUAUUAAAUAAUGAAAUUAUAAGAAGCAUACAAGGUACAGGUACUAUUAUUCUUAAGAAAACAGUAUGUUUUGUUAUUCCCAUUAUGCUACUUUUUUUAGCAUUUUUUGUAUCUUUUAGAAAAAUAUGAUAUUCAUUUAAC